CUGCAACAUGGCCUGGAACUCGGAGUCGUAGCGCCGGUUGAUGUCAUCCCCGAUGAUGGCCAGCUGGCGACCCACCUGCCCCAUGGUGCUCAAGGAACGGUAGGCAGCAGGGGCCACUUUGCCCAAGCCUUGGCGGUGGAGCAAGGAUGCUUGCAGAGGGCCAUGGGGCCACUGGAUAUCAGCCCCGAGACCUUCACCAGGGAGGAGGAGAAGGAGCGUCUGCUUGAUGGAGACCUCAGGCUGGCCUCCUCCCAGGUGGGGGCAACUCCCUGGAACCGCCUCCUCAGCUUGUACAAACAGCUCCAGAAAUCUGCCCCGGCCAAGAUCUCUCUCAAGGAAGGCCUGCCCUGUGAGGAGAAAGGCGGGGAAGAGGAAACAGAGGAGGACAGCUCACUCAAGCUCUGUGUCCCAGGCAUUGUCACCCUCCAGUCGCCGCUGCAUAAGACUUUUAGGUCGACAGAUACAGUAGGUUUCGUGGAGUCGGAGUUAAAGAAGCUUCUGGUAGCGCAACGGGAGUCCCGCCUCUGGAAGAUGGGUGGCCACGAGGGCCGGAAGCUGCUGACCCAGCCAGAGAUCACCCUGGAGGAGGCAGGCAUUGUGGAUGUCCAGAGACACCAAGCUGAGGGGGGAAGGAAGCUGCCCCCCAGCCUUUGGGGAAUGCUGGGGACCUGGGGGAGGGGCGCUGAGGCACCAGAAGCACCACCCUAGGCUGGAGGGAAGGAUGCAGAGCCCCCUUGGUGUGGUGUCUAGGAUAGAGGUGAAGGAGGGGAGGGCUUGGCUGGGGUGCCUGGCUCCAGGGGCUUCCCAGGAAUCCCCCAAGCUGGAGGGAGAAGGUUACCUCCAUUCUAUGGGAGGGAGGUGGCUCAGGGCUAGUGGGCCUGGCCUGCUGUGGGCACCUGGGGGAGGGUCUGGGAAGGUGGCCUUGGGGUGCUUGUCUCUGAGGGCAGGUGGGAUGGUUCUGGGGGUACAGAGCAGGAAGAGGAGAGCGCAAAGAUGCAAAGGCAUCUUCCUUCACCCACUUCCACCCCCCAGCACCUGCUCCUUGAGGAGUGAAUGAGAUGGAAAACUGGCCUCCAGAGUGAAGCUGGUGCUGGCCUGAGUCUGCCCUGCGCCGGGUCCCUGCAGCCUGUGUAGAGAUGUAUCCGCCUCCUCUUAGGGCACCUCAAGGAGCCCCUGGGGCCAAGGCGUCUUUAAUAAAUGGUGUCCAUGUGUCUGCAGGGUGGGCCUGCCCGGCACACUGUCCCCACUCUUCAGACUCAGGCCUGUGAUGUUAUUAAUAAAACUCAGUUUGACUUUG